AUGGGUUGCGGAAGCAGCAAAGAAAAGAAUGCCGGCGAUUACAACGACAUGGCACGGCCAACGCAGCCGGAAAAGUCACAUAUGAAGGCCUCGGUAGAUUCUCCAAGGUCACCAGCGGGUGGACAGCGCGCAGCUGUAAAAGCACGCAGGUCUCCAGAUAACCCAAUCGUUUACUUUGACGUUGAGAUCGGGGGUGAACCAAUAGGCCGCAUUCAAAUGGAACUCUUCCUUGAUGUCGUUCCUGCAACAUCGGAAAACUUCAGGCAGUUCUGCACCGGAGAGGCUUCACAGGGUGGAUACAAGGGCAGUACUUUUCAUCGCGUGAUCAAGGAUUUCAUGAUCCAAGGCGGCGAUUUCCUCAACGGAAAUGGAACAGGCAGCACCUGUAUCUUCGGCGACCGAUCCUUCGACGACGAAAACUUCGAGCUAAGGCAUACACAUCCAGGUCUAUUGAGUAUGGCAAACUCAGGUCCGAAUACCAAUGGAUCGCAAUUCUUCAUCCUCACAGCCGCUACCCCACAUCUAGACGGUAAACACGUUGUUUUCGGCGAAGUCCUAGAUGGCAUGGAUGUUGUACGGAUAAUUGAGGAUACACAGACUGCGGCAGAUCAGCCCAUGAAAGAUGUUGUUAUUGUGGAGGCUGGGCAGCUCGCAGGUGCAAAGCCUUUGGCGUAG